AUGAAUGAUUGUGUUAUAAGACAAGCACUAACCCUGAAUUAUAAAAUUCACAAGAAACACAAAGGAAAAAAACCUUACCAUUGUGGUAUUUGUGGACUAGGUUUUGAUACGCCAAGAAAACUUGGUCAUCACAUAAAAAAACAUAAGAUUGAAAAUCCUUACAAAUGUGAUGUUUGUGAUAAAAGUUUUUCAAAAUUGUCACAACAUGAAAUUCACAUGAGAAUGCAUACUGGAGAAAAACCAUUCAAAUGUGAUGUUUGUGGAAAGUGUUUUAUAAGAGCAGACAAUCUAAUUGUUCACAUGAGGAUACAUACUGGAGAGAAACCAUACAAAUGUGGCAUUUGUGAGUGGUAUUUUUGUCAUCCGAAUUCACUUAAGUUGCACAUGAGAACACAUACUGGAGAGAAACCUUACAAAUGCAAUGUUUGUGUGAAGCAUUUUACAAGAGCAAGCAAUCUAAAUGUUCACAUGAGAAAUCAUACUGGAGAAAAACCUUACAAAUGUGAUGUUUGUGAAAAGUGUUUUACAAUGUCAGAUAAGCUAAAGGUUCACAUGAGAACACAUACUGGAGAAAAACCAUAUAAAUGUGAUGUUUGUGAAAAGAGUUUUACGAUAUCAAAUAAGUUAAAGCUUCACAUGAAAAUACAUAGGCCUAAUGGUGAAGAGCCUCACAAAUGUGAUGUUUGUGAAAAGUGUUUCACAAUGGCAAAUAAGCUAAAGAUUCACAUGAGAUCACAUACUGGAGAAAAAAACGUUUGUGAAAAGAGUUAA